GGGGGCGGGCGAGGGGAGGAGCUUGUAUGAUGUUUUGCAGGCUAAUAAAGGUGAGAGGAAGCUUGCGUGUUCAUUCAUUUAUUUUGUCUUCUUCCUUUCUUUUCUUUUCCUCUCCUAUUUGAUAUAUUUUUUUCUGCCACGUCACGUGUCUCUUGGGUUUUCUAUGAAAUGAAUGAGUUUGAUCGUGGAAUUGUAAGGGGUGUAAGAGAGAGAGAGUCGGAGACAAGAGUAUGAGAAUGAGCGUGCUGAAAUAAAGAACCGGGAUGACAGCGGCCAAGCAGGCGGCCUUCGAGGAAAAGACCCGCAUAAGCAACCAGUUCCGGGCUCUGGACGACGACGAGAUCGAUUUCCUGGAGGGCGUGCGCGACGAGCGGCGGGUCGAGGAGGAGAGAGUGAGGCGCGAGACGGAGGAGAGACUCGCGAGCUUCCGACAGGCUCAGAAAGCUACCGGAAAUGCUGCUGCUGCUGCUGUCGACGAUGGUGGGGGAGACGUUGCGCGCGAAGAUAAUGGCGAUGGCGGUGGUGUUGGUGGUGUCGGGGAGUGGGUCGGCGUAGGUAAGAAGCGCAAGAGAUCGGACAAGGAGGCGAAGAGCAUUGUCAAAGGCGUGAAGAGGAGGCCAAGCAGGUCGGAGAAGGAAGCUCAUGAGUCGGGGGGAGAAAAGACUUCGGAUACGACGUCAGAAGUGCAGAAGGCUAAGACGGGGCCAGAGUCGAAGCCUAUAGCGGCAGAUGUUACGACAAACACCGAUGCGAAGCCUUCAGUUGUGAAGGAUCAGGCCAAGCCCGCAGAGGAGAAGAAAGUCCAGGAGAACCCAAAGCCAAAAUCAAAAUUCGGUCUGGUGGAUUAUGGCUCUGACGAGGAUGAUGAUGAUUAAUGUAUCUCGAUUGGGGCUUCUUGUUGUUAAUAUAUAAG